AUGCUCCAAGUCCAGUUCCACGACGUGGCCAACGAUCAGAGGGGAAUGUCGCACUUUAAUUGGACCCUGGAAAGCGGAACCAACUACCACAUACUGCGCACCGCCUGUUAUCCCUAUAUGAAGUACCACUGUAGCAAGCGGGAGGUGCAGGAUCUUUGGCUGGAGGACAAGUUCUUUCGCUUUCUUAAGGUGAUCAAUUUGGGCUUACCAAUGCUCUUCUAUGGACUGGCUGCCAUCCGUCUAAUAAGUCACACGGAGAUCGUUCAUGUCAGCGAGACGGUAAAGGUUCCCAUAUACUUUCUAUAUGCCGAGGACAAGGGCUCAAGCUUUUGAUGUGAUUUUGAAACAGCCAAAUGUGAAA